AUGUUUGAGACUAAUGAAUUGAAUGCCCUUAACGGAAAAAUCAUGAGAAUAACCUAAUAGUCAACUGAAAUCAAUCAAAAAGAGGAAGAAAAAAGAAGAAACAAGCUAAAGGAGUUGCCAAAUCUUAAAAUUACGAAAUUGCAAAGUUAGGUUGAUAAUUUAUUCAAAGAAAUUCUGCAGUUGUAAACUGGCUAAAUUCUAGAUGAUGUUCGAGGUAAUGCAUAGCUACUCUCUGGUAUAUCAUAGAUAAGAUACAUAGUAUAAGCUAUCUGUGUAAAACUUAUUCUUUCGGAUCCAAAUGCCCUUAUCUCCAAAAAUGGUCAAGGAAACUUGAUGAAUACAGAUAAUUGCUAUGUCUGCACCUUUAGAAUAUACCCAUCGACAAUGUUUAGCGAGAUAAAAAAGGCAGCCUGUGAAUUUUGGAAUAAGAUUGAGUAGAAAUACAGUCUUACAGAUGAAUAUUACAAUAAUCUUGUGACUUAUAAUGACUCAGUAAUGAAUUUCUUCAAAAACUACAAUGCACUUAACCCCUCAUAAGAUGCAGUAGUCUAUCUUGUCAAAGCAAAUUAAAAGUCAAGAGAACUAAACAGACUUUAGAUGGAUUGCAUAACCUUAGAUGAUAAGAAGAAUAAAAUGAAAGAAAACGAAUAAGGUGGGAAUCUCAGUAAAUUCAGGAGGAGAACUCUUGAUUUCAACAAGAUAGAAAAAGUACUACCUGGAUUAGCAUAAUAUAGAGAGCCAACAGAAGAACAGGUUAAAAAGUAUAUGAAAAAUAGUGAUCCUUUGUCUUUUUAAAAUAACAUCUGGAUUUUUCUCAUGUAUAUACUGAUCUUCAUACUAACUUGGGUUUCCCUUGAAUUGAAAUCUUAGUCUAGAGAAGUUUAUGCUAUGUCAAAAGUACUUGAGACUUGGCUAUAAGCAUAAUAUACAGGAGACAUUUACAAUAACACUAAUGACAUUUACAGUUUUUAAAGAGCCAACUUUGACGAAAAAUAUGAUCUUUUUAAGUACUUAUAAAAUGACUUCUCAAAAAUAUUUCUUCAUAAUCCCGAUACCCCUUCAUAAUUACAUACAGUACAUACUCAGAGAGUAAACUGUUAAGGAGGAGGGACUUUCCUAAAAUGUUAUGCAAUCUAAGCAAAUGAGGGGACUAUAAAUAAAACAAGCAUUGGAGUAGAAUCAUGGGAAAAGUAUAGAAGUUAUUCAGAUGUGAAUGAAUCAUUAUCAAUAAAGGGAGAAUUCACAACAAUUAAUGGAAACGGUUUUACAUUAGACGUCGAUCCACAAAUAUCACCGAAGGAUUUUAAUACUUUAAUUGAAAAAUCUCAAAAGACCUUUUUCAGCAAUGCAGCAAGGGGAGUCUUAAUAAGUUUCACUACUUACUCAGUUAGAACUGAUUGGUGGGCUUAUAAUUAUGUUCUUCAUGAGUAUGGAGCGCAUGAUGUGCUUAUCCCUCCACUUGUUCGAAGCUUUCCCUUUAAACCAAAUCUUUAUGAAAGUUAAGACGAAAAGAGAAUAUAUUAUCUCGACAUUUUCAGACUUACCAUUACUUUAAUCAUUUUCACAGGAGUGAUCAUAUUUAAGAAUGGGUUUAGGUUUGCAAAUCUAUUUUAUUACAUGAUAUUUUUCCAAUGUCUUUCUUUGCUCUUGAUUGGAUUACUUAUCAUUAAAUUUAACAGAGUCUCAAGAAGACUAUCGCAACUAUAUAAUAUGAUAGAGAAACCACUUUUUACUCUAUUCAUGUUAAUGAUAAUGCUUGUUAUUAUAUAUUCACUUCUAGGCUAUUGUGCUGAGUAGAUAUGGGGAGUAGACUUUUAUGAAUUUAGAUCAAUCAAUACUGCAUACUACUCCAUGUUCUCAAUGUUUUCUUUACAUUCAAAUCAAAUUCUUCCGAAAGUUGAGAAACUUUACAUAAAUAGAGAAUUUUGGUCAUUUGUAUUUAUCAUUAUUUACAUCGUGUUCAUGCAAUACACUUUUAUGAAUGUCUUUACUUCAAUAUUCUUUGAAGAGUAGAGAGUAGUUAGCAUGUAUGAGGAAGCAAUAUACAAGAAAUAUGAAAAUUUGAGAAGAAAAAAGAUCGUUAAGUAAUGGCUAUCUGGAAUAUUUAUGUGCUGCACGUAUUGCAAGUCGAAAGCAAAGUAGAUAAAGAAGCUAAAGAAAAAGGAUGAUAAUUUAGAAGCAGUUAAUGUUCUCAGAGAAAAGAUGAAGUAACAAAAGCAAAAUAAGCAAAAGGCUAUGAAUAACAGAAUUUGA